GCCGUAAAAUGACGUAAUCGUGGCCCUUCAGGAGGAAACAAGCGUGGAAUUGCACUGGAGUGGUUUCAUAGAUGAGUUGUGUUUCAUUAAUACAUUGUAUUUUCUCUUAAACGGCAGACUAGGUAGAGACAAGCACUGACAUUGUGGAGAAAACACAGUGAAAACGACCAACGAGGAUGUUUAAAAAAUUUGAUGAGAAGGAAAACGUUUCCAAUUGCAUUCAGCUGAAGACUUCGGUUAUCAAAGGAAUAAAAAACCAACUGCUGGACCAGUUUCCUGAUAUAGAAUCAUGGCUAAACCACAUUAUGCCAAAAAAGGAUCCUGUCAAAAUAGUGAGAUGCCAUGAACACAUUGAAAUCCUGACAGUGAAUGGAGAGCUUCUAUUCUUCAGACAAAGAGAAGGACCAUUCUACCCAACUCUCAGACUACUACAUAAAUAUCCUUUUAUCCUUCCACAUCAACAAGUAGACAAAGGGGCUAUUAAAUUUGUCCUAAGUGGUGCCAAUAUCAUGUGCCCUGGGUUGACGUCACCAGGUGCCAAACUCUACCCAGCAGCUACAGACACAGUGGUUGCCAUAAUGGCAGAGGGGAAACAACAUGCACUUUGUGUUGGAGUGAUGAAGAUGUCUGCAGAGAGCAUAGAAAAAGUCAACAAGGGCAUCGGAAUUGAAAAUGUUCAUUAUCUUAACGACGGACUGUGGCACAUGAAGACGUACAAGUGAGGUCACCAAUAUCCCCGCCCGCCCCCCCCAACCAGUAGCCCUGGACAGCAUGGAGCUUGUCAUAGUGCGGGAAUGAGCUGCCAGUCAGUUGUUUACACCAAUGGACUUAGCUGUGUCACCUGCUGUAAGCAUUGAAUCAAAGCAUAAUGCAAAAAUAAUAAAAACCUGCAUAACAUCUCCCCUUUCA